AGCAUCUCUGGGAAAUAAAAGGUCUAGUUUUUUCUCUUUCCACUUGCUGCCCUGGAGUCUUCAUCAGCUAAAAUGUCCCAUUUUCUGCUGUUUCACUGGAUUAUGAUACAAAUCUUUAUAGUGCACACCACAUCUGAAGCUGUUGUUAGAGGAGUAAUAGGGCAACCUGUUCAGUUGCCUUGCUUCUACCGGGUGGCACGACAUAAGGACAUCUCUGAUAUGUGCUGGGGCAGAGGCCCGUGCCCGAAUUCGAAGUGCAAUAACAAAAUUUUGCACACCACUGGGAAUAGGGUGACGUUCAGAAAAUCUGAGAGAUACAGUCUCCGGGGCUAUAUUUCUUAUGGAGAUGUGUCUCUCACGAUUGGGAAAGUGAAGGCAGAAGAUGCAGGUACCUACUGCUGCCGCAUAGAGAUCCCAGGUUGGUUCAACGACAUCAAACACAACAUGCGGCUGGAGGUGGUCAGAGCCCCUCCAGUGAUAACCACCACCACAAGAAAGGCUCCUGUUUCCCGCAAACGUUUUAGAAAAACAACUUUUGCUCCCCAAGCAACCACUGAUCAUCAAACGACAUCAGAGGCUGCUGUCCUCCUGACAACCACUGUCCCCGAUACAACUGCAACCACCGAUCAUCAAACGACAUCAGAGACUGCUGUCCUCCUGACAACCACCGUCCCCGAUACAACUGCAACCACUGAUCAUCAAACGACAUCAGAGACUGCUGUCCUCCUGACAACCACCGUCCCCGAUACAACUGCAACCACCGAUCAUCAAACGACAUCAGAGGCUGCUGUCCUCCUGACAACCACCGUCCCCGAUACAACUGCAACCACCGAUCAUCAAACGACAGCAGAGACUGCUGUCCUCCUGACAACCACCGUCCCCGAUACAACUGCAACCACUGAUCAUCAAACGACAUCAGAGACUGCAGUCCUCCUGACAACCACCGUCCCCGAUACAACUGCAACCACUGAUCAUCAAACGACAGCAGAGACUGCUGUCCUCCUGACAACCUCUGUCCCUGAAGCCACAACUGCAACCACCGAUCAUCAGGCGACAGCAGAGACUGCUGUCCUCCUGACAACCUCUGUCCCUGAAGCCACAACUGCAACCACCGAUCAUCAGGCGACAGCAGAGACUGCUUUCCUCCUGACAACCUCUGUCCCCGAAGCCACAACUGCAACCACCGAUUACCAAGUGACAGCAGAGACUGCUGUCCUCCUGACAACCACCGUCCCCGAUACAACAACUGCAACCACCAAAUCUUCAGCAGUAAUUACACUGGAGACCAUUGCUCCCUCAACGUUUGCUGUGACAGCAAAUGAUACUUUUCCAGCAGCUAUGGUGACAACCAGUGCUUUAGCAGAUUUUCGAACCGGUUUCCAAGCAGCUGACAUGAGGACUGAAGAUGAUGACAUGUUCUGCUCAGCACAGUCUGUCCCUCUUCCUGGAGGUGCAAAGGUGACUACUGAAUUCCCAAGUACGCUUCUGACUGCAGAGGGAACGAAAAGUGCUCACACUUCUCCCAUGGUGAAAGACAUGCCAACUGCAGCAACCACCCCGCCAGCAGCAACCAUGCUUCAGACCCCAAAGAGAACCCUUGCUCCUUCAGGGAUUUCAACAAGUUCAGACAGCAAUGCUGAGAAACCUGAUGAUAACGGAGAUAAGUUUCCCAGCUAUGCCAUUCUCAUUGCCUGUGUCAUAGCGGUGUCCAUUUUUCUCAUAUUAAUGCUCUCGUCAUUGUUUUGGAAACGUAAACACGCAAAGAAGUUUAUAAUAAAAAGCCUUGGACCAGCAGAAGACCUUGAAAAAGUUUUCAGUGGCACUGAAGGAGAAAAUAGCAUUUUUUCCCUGUGAAGAGCUCCUGCAUUAUCUGUAGAUGCCAUGGAAAAAAUGUUCCAUGCUGCACUGAGAGAUCCUUAUGAGCCCUCAAAAUAUCAAUGGGUAUAAACCAAAGGCCAAAGCUUCAACUGUGAAAAUUUAAAAUCUUGCUGUAAUUUUUGCCAUGUCACCUUUAAAACUCAUUGCAUAAAGAAGCUUCUUUGAGAAGGUACUUUAUGCACUAUUCAUAGGUGUUUCUGGUGUCUGCCUUCUUACUAAUACCAUGUCACAGAAUUUAAUUUGGUUUUCUCCAUUUUUACUAAUGCUCUUUCUUGAAUACAACCUAUGCUGUGAGGAACAGAAGAGAGAAGAAAUAACAUGGAAUGCUGCCUAACUUCAAAUUGCCAAAAAUAAUAAUAAUUAAAAAAGCAGCAAAUACAGUUCUUAUUGCUUUUGUAUAAUCAAGAGAAAAAUGAAACCACAAGAAUUCUGUGAGUAUAAAUCAAAGAUGCAGAUGACUUAGAGGGUACCAACACUGCCUAUGAUUCAGCGUGUUUGAAUGACCCUUGGAGACUAUGUUAAUAAAAUUUGUAAUUUACCACUAGAAA